AUGGCUCCCACCAACACCUCCCACAGACAAACUCAUAACCUACUCUUGAUAUCGAAACUUCUCAGUCUCAGAGAUACAACAUCGCCACUUGCGCUAGUAUUGGACUCUCUAGAGCAGCCCGCAACACCAUUGAUCAAGGAAUAUAUCCGACGCGCAAAGUUAUCCAAAGUUCAUAUCACGUUUGUCGCAUUCGAGACGCUGAAACCGCUCGAGGGUGUCGAUGCCUUCGUUGCCGCUCGAAAGAAGAGCCCCCUAGAGAUCAUCAAGGCUGUCAAUGCAGCCUACCCAAAUGUUUCGACCAGCGGUCCCUCUCGCAGGCGCCUGAUUCUGAUCGAUGCCAUUAACCCGCUCCUGCAUGCAAGGAGAGCCGACGCACAUUUCAACGUAUCGUCGUUCCUGAGCUCAUUCCUCAUGCCACAGGCGCCCCCCACGGCCUCUAAAGUCGAAGCCUCGCUCGUGGUCACCUUUCACCAAGACGUCCCCAGCCCGCCGCUCCCGUCGCCUUACACCCCGUCGCCCCUGUCCAUGUUGACCUACCUCGCCACCACGAUCAUCCGCCUGCACUCAUUCUCUCACAUUCUGGCUCAGAAGGCGGCUCGCGAUAGGAGUCUGGUGCCGCCGGUUUUCGGUCUGGAUGAAGAGCUGGAUGGCGUGCUUCUGGGCAGAUUGGAUAAGCCGAUCGGCAACGAAUCCGCCCAGGGCGUUGUGCUGGAGUUGGAGCACCGGAGAAAGAGUGGCCGCGGUGUUCUGGAAUGGUACAUCCUGCCGCCGGCUUCGCGCUAUCCCCCGCAGUAUGCGAAGGAGAUCGUGACGCUGCUGGAUGACCACCCAUUGUAUCGCCCGCCAGAGGAGCCGAAUUUUGGCGCGGGAGAAGAGGAACCCGAAUCGACUUUUGAGCUCCGUCUAACAGAUCGACAGAGGAGGGACCGGGAGGGUGUCGUGCUGCCGUACUUUGAUGCGCAGCAAGGCGAUGGCCCAGGCGAAGGGGGUCGGAUCUUGUACGACAUGGGAGAGGAAGACGACUUUGACGAAGAGGAGGAUGAGAUUUGAGAUAGACACACCGGCCAUAAAGUCUGUUUCACGGAGCUGAUAAGCUGUUUAGAUGCUGGGUCGAAUGAUCCCACGCUUUCUC